AAAGUCUGUAACGGGUUGGGCUUCAUGGAUCUCCUCUUAACCCUGAUAGAGCUGCUGAGUAAACAUGGAGUCCCAGCAGAGGGGGGGGGGCAUAGCGCUGGGCGAGCAGAUAAAGGUGUUUCCUGUGGAUCACUGUAAGCUUUGUGACUCUGAGUCAAACAUUAACAGAUGUGUGCUGACCUCCGGUUACACCUGACAACACCUGAGACACACACUUACUCUCUGCUGUCAGAUCAGCUCACACACUCUGGAGCUGGACAUUCUGCUGUUUGUCUUUCAACGUUUAAAAAAGAAAUCUUUUUGUUUUUCAUCGGUCCGAUCAGACGCAGCGAUGGAGAAACUCGGUGUGGUCAUUUCCUGCUUGUUGAUGACGGUCGGGGCGGUGACGGCGCAGACAGUUCAGCCCAGCGAGCGUCUGCUCCCUCAGUGGCUCACCGGGAUCAUCGCCCUCGUCGGGUUCCUCUUCCUCACCUUCGUCGUCUUCCUGAUGAAGAAGGCGUGGUGUGACGAGUCCGGCAGGAAAAAGAGUUCGGCUGAGGCAGUGACUGAAGAAAACUCGUAUGAGACGAGUCUGGACCUGGUCAGGAGGAAAACGGAAAUGAGACAGGAAGAGUCCGAGACAGAAAACAUCUACGAGAUCACUCUGGACCUGGUCAGGAACGACGACAGGAACGCCUUCAACAACCACGCGUUUGAAAACACAGAGGAAAAGGUGACCUCCAUGUGACCGUGCUGCAGCGAUCCUAUUGGCUGAUGUCCUCUCCAACCCUUCACAAAAUCGAAACUUCACUACAACACGUCCUGCAAAAAAAAUAAAUAAUAAUAAUAUUUUUUGUUAAAAUUA